AUGAAAUUACUUGCACCUUAUAAUUGUGAAAAUGAAGAAAUAUUAAAAGAAACUUUAAAUGAACAACGCGAAGUUUGUAAUAAUAUUAAACUAGGGAGUUUUAUUAAAAGAGAUGAUAGACGAUUAAAAGAAAAUUCUGGUUCAUGGACUAUUCUUCACUACUUAGUAACAGAAAUUCUCAAAGUAAAAGGCUAUGUGUUUUAUUACCAGCAGCUGAAUCCAUUAGCACCAGAAGAUCAUCCAGAUCACUAUUAUCAAUUAACUUUAUCAAAUGAUUUAUGGUUAAAAAAUGGUAAAAAAUUUGGGAAUUUCUGUAUUGGUCUAGAUGGCAAAUAUGAUCUUAAUAAUGAUCAUGCUCUGGUUUUGACAAUGGUAAUUGAAAAUAAUGCAGGAUAUGCUACACCAUUAGCUUUUGGUCUAAUAAAGAAAACAACUGGAUCAUUUGAUUAG